GCUCGUUCUGCAACACUGUAAACCCGUCGCCUGACACCUAUCCAAUCCCCCCCGUCUAUCUCUCAACAAAACAAAAAUGACAACCUACAACGCCCCCGAACCAACCGUCAUCGACGAAGACCUCCUCCGCAAAUCCGUCAACGACCAGGCCGCGCCCGAGAUUGCCGACGUGGCGAGAAGGGAGGGGAUCGAUUUUGGGGAUGUGGGGGUUUUGCGGUUGGAUUACAAGAAUAUUCUGAAGAUCGAUAACCUCUACCUCUUCCAAAACCUCACCAAACUCCAACUGGACAACAACAUCAUCGAAAAGAUCGAAAAGAUCGAGUUUCUCAAAAACCUCACCUGGUUAGACCUGUCGUUCAACAAUAUCACGAAAAUCGAGGGCUUGGCGGGCCUCACGAAGCUGACGGACCUGACGCUGUACAACAACCGGAUUGCGAGGUUGGAGGGGUUGGAUGAUUUGGUGAAUUUGAAUGUGUUGAGUGUGGGGAAUAAUUUGUUGACUGAGUUGGAGAAUGUGACGUAUCUAUCGAAGUUCAGCAACCUGCGCGUGCUCAACCUCUCCGGCAACACGAUCUGCAAGCUGCCCAAUUUCCGCCACUACAUCCUUGCGCACAUCCGCGGCCUGCGGUACCUCGAUUAUCGGCUUGUGGAUGAUGAGUCGGUGAAGGCGGCGAAGGAGCAGUAUAUAGACGAUAUCAUCGCGCAGGAGGAGGAGGACAAGAUUGUGGCGGCAAGGAGGGAGGAGGAAAGACGGGAGAGGGAGCUGGCGGAGCUUUAUGAGGCCUCCCACAUCCCGUCCAUCGACACCCUCUUCCCCUCCCUCUUCGCCAGCGACCCCGACUUCCUGCGCCUCGAGCCCAUCAUCACGCUCACGCCCUUCACUGAGCUGCGGGCCGAGUACGAGGGGAAAGUGAUGGGCGUGCUGGGGGAACUGAAGAGCUUUGUGUUGAAGAGGAGCGAGGAACGCAGGAGGGAGUGUGAGAUGUUCAGGGAGUGUUUGAGGGAGGCGUGUAGGAAGGUCGAUGAGGAGUGUUGGGGGGAGUGUAAGAGGGUGGGGGCGGAGAAGAAGCGGACCCUCCUAGCCCUCACGCAAUCCCCCGCGCACGAGAUCCCGUCCCUGCUCUCCGCGCUCCGCAGCUCCCUCUCCGCCCUCUCCGACACCCUCCUGACCCACGAGAUGACGCUCGUCGAGCAAUUCGAAGAAGUCCACAAAGAGUUCGAGCGCAACUACACCGAGCUCGCCUCCUCCGUCUCCGAGACGGCCGCGAGCGCGUUCGCCCGCCUCCGAGAGUGCGAGAACGAGUUCCAGGAGCGCCUGAGCGAGGCCGUGCAGAGCGGCGCGGACCGCUUGAUCAAGGGCGAGGGCGCCGCGCAGAGGGGUGAGGAAGGCGGGCAGGAAAUCGAGGAAGAUCUGCGGGAUAUCAUAUCCGACAAAGACAUCCUCGUGAACCUGAUCAACAGCACGCACGACUUCCGCCUGGCCAAAUUCGACCACCAGGAAGACACCCUCGUCUCCGGCACCGCGCGCGACCUCGAGCACCAGCUGGCGCAUAACCACGAGACGGAGCUGGCGCGGAACCGGGCAAGGAUAUGUGAAGUGUGUGCGUUUUUGGAGAAGUGCGCGGCGGAGGUCGAUGCCGCGGAGGAAGGGGUGUAUUAGGGGGGUGGGUUGAAGUCAUGGAGUGGAGUGGAAUCGAUGGUGGAUGAGUGGAUCAUGUGUGGGUGCGGGAGGAUGUUGAUGGGAUGCAGAUAGAUUAGACGCCCGUGAGGGACGCUUACACCUCUGGGCGAUGUAUGUACAUGGACAGUUCUUGAUAACCGGUUUUAUAUCAAUUCGAUGCUUGCG